UAUUACCUGCAGGAUUGGACAUUGAUCCUAUGACGCAUGCCCGGAAGAAACAACUUUUCCUUCUGAAACAUCCAGCUGGUUCUGCUGGCCAAGCUUCAUCACCAGCAGGCAGCAGGAGGAUGGACAGGACCGAGGCAGAGUGUGGCGAGCAGAGAGAUGGAGAUGCUACCGAGGCUCCGAACUGUCCGAGUGGGUUUGUGGGGACGAACAAAAGCAAAAAUUUGCAUGAAGUGCGAAAGACAUACCCACUGCGGAGACGUCUGCUCCCCUCGGUGAACAAAAAAACCUGCAAAGUGCUCCUCACCAGGCUGGAGGAUGUGGCUGGAUCUCUGUCGAAACAGACCCAGAGCUGUAAAAAAAAGGACCUUCCCAGUUGGAUGGAGGGUUUGGGACCUGCUUUGUUCUCCGAGCAAGUUCAGCCUGUGGGAGCAGGGAAGAGUGAUUCAUCUGGGGAAAAGUGCACAAUAACUUAUCCAGGGACGGAGCAAGACCUUGAUACUGCUCCUACAGAGCCCAGGAAACGCAGGCUGGCCUCGCUGAACGCAGAGGCAGUGAACAACCUGCUUUUUGAACGGGAUGAUGGCUUAUUGUCUGGCAGGCGUUUUCGGAGGGACUCCGUUAAAGCCGGUGGAGACUGUACUGUUAAGAGUUUGCAUUGCAAAGCUGGUGACAACUGGCCUGCGCUGGAAAAAACAGCUGUGAAAACAGGUAAAGGAAAAAAUCGGCAUGAGCCCAGUCAGAAAUGCAAUAGCUGUGACCAUUCACUGGAUGUCUUUGAUGAUGGGACGAAGAGGGACGGUGCCAUCUCCUAUCAUCCCACCCCAAAAAGACUGGCCAGCCUGAACGCUGUGGCCUUUCUGAAGCUGACCCAUGAGAAAGACCAACCCCUGAAACAGAGGAGUAAAUCGGACGGAGAGGGCAAGUCUGAGAACCACUGUUCAAAAUCUACGCUCAAAUGGGCCAAAGCCGGUAGGAAGAAUUGUGUCAAAUCCAAGAAGGAAAUGGCUAGCUUAAAAAGAGAAGGUCAGCAUGGCUGGCGAGGACUUGCUGUAGGCGCUUUUGGGAAAGGAGAGCAGCAGGACUCCUCCAGGCUCUACGGAACAACGGAACCCGUCCCUUAUGAGUCGCUGUCUAGCUCCUAUGCUAGCACAGAGGGUUUCUACCACAGACUGCCUUUGCUUAUGGGUGGACAAGCUUCCAUGAAGCCAGAGUAUGGAAGACCUGGAGAGAAAUCCCCGACCCCCAAACAGGAAUUUCAUCAGCCUUCCUUUCCCGUGCAGCAGUUCCCUCCCUUGCCUGUGCCCGGAAAUCACACGGAUUGUGGAUGUCUCUAUGAAUCCUCGGAUCUGACUCCGCUGAACGGGUUUUACUUUUAUUAUGGCCAAAGUGGAUACAGUGGCUACUCUCACUGCUCCGUUUACCCCAAGGACGAGCUUUCACAAUCUGCUACCUGUGAGGGGCUCUUGGUAUCGCCCAGUUCCUUGCCAUCAGGUGCUCAUUUCCAGCCACUCCACUGGUGCAACUCUCCGUACUGUUGCGGAGAAGGAACAGCGAUUAACAGUUACAGCGUCUGUGGAGUCGUGCACGUGCCAGAGGGCAGGAUUAGCAGCGUGCACGCAGGACGGAACAGCUACCCCUACAAAAUGCCUUUUGCAGCAGAAGGCUGCAAGUCUCUGGACCAGCUGAACCUCACAAUCCCUGUGGCAGGGCACCCCGCGUCACCUGCCCACCCGCUCUCAGGAUGCCCUGUACCCAGCGUGCCACCGGCUGCAGAACCCGUUCCUCAUCUGCAGACCCCCAACUCUGAUCCUCAGACCAUGGCCCGAGAAUGUCCUCAGAGCUCCAAGCCGCCCAGCGGCUCCAAAUCCGGUCUCCGAAACACGACGGGCUGUCUCCACGCCUCCGACAGCAAAGCAGCGGGAGGCCAUUCCCAUCCAAAGCAGCAACGUAUCAGCAGGCGGAGAGCUACCAACGGCUGGAUACCCGUCGGCACAGCCUGCGAGAAGGCCGUCUACGUCGUGAAUGAGCCAGAGCCGGCUGUUCGCAAGAGCUAUCAGGCUGUGGAGAGAGAUGGGGAGAUUAUCCGGGUACGAGAUACUGUCCUCUUGAAAUCAGGACCCCGGAAGAAAUCUAUGCCAUAUGUUGCGAAGAUAUCGGCACUGUGGGAAGACCCCAAAACAGGGGAGCUGAUGAUGAGCCUCCUGUGGUAUUACAGACCCGAGCACACUCAGGGAGGCCGCAAUCCGAGUAUGCACCAGAAUGAGAUCUUUGCAUCCCGGCAUCAGGACGAAAACAGCGUUGCCUGCAUAGAGGAGAAGUGCUACGUGCUGACCUUUGCAGAGUACUGCAGAUUUUGUGCCUUGGCAAAGCGUCGAGUCGAAGGGAUCCCAGGCAGGAAAACCAUUAUGGUUCCUCCCUCGGAAGAGUACUCCACACCUCUGCACCGCAAGGUGCCCGAGGACACUGACCCCGAGCUGGUUUUCCUCUGUCGUCACGUCUACGACUUCAGGCACGGGCGCAUCUUGAAGAACCCGCAGUAGCAGCGUUGCUGGGUGAGCGGUGCCGAGGGCCUGGCACGUCCCCGCGCUCGCCACGACUCCCCUCGUGCUGCUCGCGGACGGGAGCGCCCAGCGCUCCUUCCUCGGACUGAAAGGCGUGCGCAGGAGCAGAUCCCCGUGGAGGAAGGCAGCGGUUGAAAGCACAGCACUUCGUUAAAAGCAUAAAUGAAAAUAUAUACCUAUAAAAUAAAUAUAUGUAUAUAGAUAUAGGUACUUGCAUAUGUAAAUCUAUAUCUAUAUAUGUAUCUAGAGAUGCGUAUAUUGGGAAGGGUUUGUAGGGGAUAAAAGCCAGUAAACUGAAUGCAGAGCCAUCGCUGGUGGGAAUGGUGGGAAGGUGCAGGAGGGAUGCUUUGGUGCGUUGUGUGAGUCAAGCUGUGACAGUUCUGUUGUUUUCGUGCCCUGGCGUGAAGUGCGAGGACUGAGAGCAGCUCCUUCGUCCCACAGGACAGACUCUGAGGAUUCCCGGAGGGCGAGAGCUGCUUCGGGAUACAGCCCUUGCUUGGGAAGCUGCCUGGAUGCAGAGCGGCCUUGGGUCGUGCUUGAACGGGUUUCGCUGCGUCUGGGGAAGAGCUGGCCACUGUUUGCCCUCAUCUUUCUCUUCCCCUCGCCUCGCCGCUCCGGGAUUCACCACCCGGACUGGGGCUUGGGAAUCUCCGCAGGUUUUCCAUCCCAGGGCGGUGUGGGGGAGAGCUGCAAAGCCCCGACCUCGGAGCACAGUGCCCGCAGCGUGUUUUCUCUUCCGAGUAUCGCUCUUCCUCUCGUGGCUUAGGGGGCCGUAGCGAUAGAAGUGGGUUUACUCUUUCUUCCCAGUUUGUUUUCCUGUAACAUCGUUUACAGUCCCUGUUCAACCCCAGAAAUCUUCAGCGUGAGGAAGGUAGAGGCUGGUGGGUGAUAUGGCAAACCCAUUUCUUGAGCGGUUUUGGCUUUUUUAAAUUAUCCCUCCCCUCUCCCCUUUUGUGACUGUCCUGGCCCCGGGCGUGCCAUUGAAGCCCUCAGCAGUGCUGUCUCGGUGCUGCCUUGCAGCCUCCCCCCUGCAAACCCAUCGUGGCAUCCGAGCAGGCUCACCAAAGUGGCUUUGUGGCUCCCGAAAGGAACCGAGCGUUCGUAAAGGUUCGCACCGACAAAAUGCGACCCGAGCCCCACAGAUAUUGCCUCUUGCCUUACGUGUAUAGGUCCUAGAUAGACGUUAGUUUAUCUUAACGCAAACUGUUCGAGUUAAUUCUAAAGCAAACCAAAGGACAGCGUAACAGUCCCUUGAGUCGUUCACACCAAGCCAGGAGUUCAUUUCUAGAUUGCACUAACGUAAAGAAGGAGAAUCGACACCGUCUCGGCCCACGUUCCUGCUGGCUAGAGUUGCUCACUGAAAGUAGGGAUCUGCAUUGUUCCGGUCUUUGGGGGCUUCUGAACUGGUGUGAAACGGUGGAAACGUUCGUACGGCUUUAAUGUUGUCCUGUCAGUGGCAGUAGCACUACCCGGCCACUCGCCACGGGCUCCUUGGGUCGCUCCGACGGCUGCACGCCUGCCUGGCCCGGCGAGAAAACCCCACAGCAUCCACUCCCUUCCGUGGGAAUAGUUCGUUAACGCAGGAGUUCUCCAGAGAUUUGCUCUACAUACCAAAGAGGGGAACGUGUCUAGAAGAUGCUGACCUGCGGGGAGGCGACAAGAUCUGGCCCCCCCGCAGCGGGCGAGCAGGGCCCGUCUCCCUGCUGUCAGUGGACUGUUCCUGCUCAGCGUUGCAGAGGAUGAUGGAAAAGCCCUUGUUAUUCUUGCUGGUGUAGCCCAGGGGAAAGCACCCACCUCCGGGAGGUUUGAUUCUAGCUGUGCGAGCAAGAAUUUGUGGGCGAAGCAUCUUUUAUACCUCAAGAUACUGUUAGUGUCAAAGGAAUUGCUCAGAUUUCUCCUUAACGAUUAACUUGGGCGCUGGUGGUUCUUGGAACGAUGGGGUGGGGGCUGCUGAUACGCUGCUGCUGCUAGCAGGGCGGGAGCCGGGAGCGCUUCGGGGGCUCUCGGAUGGAAGUGCGGGAGGUGCUGGGGAGAAAGCGGCCUUUGGUGCUACCGGGAGAGGGUGCGGAGGGGCUCUGCCCCUCGGCAGGGAGGGGGACGCUGCAGAAGCGUCACAAAAGGGGGGGGAUUGCAGCUGCGCCCCGGGGCCGUGGUGCGGAGGGUGCGGGGAAGCCCCGGGCGCAGACUCCCGGCUUGCUGGGGACCCUCCGGCAGCCGGCGAGCUGCCCACGGCCCCGAGCAGGGUGGGCAGGGUGCUUCACACCCCCCGCCAGGCCAACCCGAGCAUUGCUGCGCGGUCAGGGAAGGGGUUGAGCCCCGGCCUUGGAAACCACAGUAACUUGCUGAAACUCCUUCCUCUGACCCCUCUCCCCCUCACUCCCACCUUUGUCCUGGCUCCUCUCCAGGCAGAAAAGAAAUUGAACUUGCCCUGAGCCCUACACGGGCUUUGGCUGGUGUCUGGAGGGGACAAAUCCUGACUCUUCUCAUGUUAGAAUCUGCUUCAGGCCAAGAACAUUGUUCGAGAUUCACGUGGUUGCUUAUGCUGUUGUGCAGACAGCAUGUAAAUGAAUUGAAAUGUCUUAUCCAUAAUGAAAAUAUUUCAUGCUUUUUUAAUCUAUUAGAUAUGGAAAUAUUUUUUGAAACUGAAAAGGCAGUCGGUAGAAUUUAAAUUGAAACGUAAUACAUGUAAAAUAUAUUUUAGUUGAUAAUUUUGUAAAAUGCACUUUUUGUGUCUCUUCCCUGGUUUCCCAGAUCUGUAUUUCAGUGUUUACAGAUGGAAUGAGAACAUUCCCUAUACCCUCCUUCUGUGAGAAAGAUAUAUUAGAAGUAAUUCUUAAAAAAUAAAUUUGAAAAAUCGUAUUGAUUUAGAAAACAAA